CGCGCCUGAACGGGCCCCCGACCUGCGCUGCACCAACCCCGUCCGAGCAUGCACACUCUGGGAUUAGGAGUUUUUUCUUUUUUUUGUUUUUUGGAAAACCGUUUGCAAUCUAUUUCAAUAUUUUAUUACAGACGGAGUAGUGUCUGAACAGAAGUAGGCUGUGAACUAACCCUGACGCGCAGAGACCAAGGGCCCGAGGAGAGUUUAGCGCCGCCGCGCUGGGACUGGGACAGUGAGCGCUGCUCUAAAGGAAUAUGAGUUCUGGCUUUGGUCAUUAGAGGAGUAUUACUGCUGUACGCGCUUCGUGUCUAUUCAGGUGACCGCACAGCCAUAUCAUGCAGCAUCCUUUGGAAAUGGGGGCACAUUACUAUCCUCCAGAAAUUCAUCCAGACCACAGAACUCACCGCUACAGGAGUUUUAUGAUAGAGGAAAUCCUGACUGAUCGCCCAGAGCACAAAGCAUCAACCCCGGCCGGGGAACUGCUCAAAUUCGGAGUACAGGCUCUUCUGUCUGCCCGGCCUUUCCAUAACCAGCUGGUGCUAAAAGCGGAGCAGACCAGCCUCCUCAAGUUCCCCAUGUCCCCCCUGUCCUGCUCCCCGCUCGGAUCGCCGCUUCUGUCCGCGCCCCCGGGCCUGCAAGUGGGACCCGCGUCCCACCACCUGCCCCUGGACCUGCACCUCCGGGGGAAGCUGGAACACGGAGCCGAGGGCGGCGGGAAGACCAAGAAGGGCCGCCGGAGCAGAACCGUGUUCACCGAGCUGCAGCUCAUGGGCCUGGAGAAGCGCUUUGAGAAGCAGAAGUACCUCUCUACACCCGACCGAAUAGAUCUGGCGGAGUCUUUGGGCCUCAGUCAACUGCAAGUAAAGACAUGGUACCAGAACAGACGGAUGAAAUGGAAAAAAAUUGUACUACAGGGAGGAGGAUUGGAGUCCCCCACAAAGCCGAAAGGCCGCCCAAAGAAGAACUCCAUCCCCAGCAGCGAGCAGCUCUCUGAGCAGGAACGAUGUGCAGACACAGAUCACCGGUCUGAAGCCGCUGACCUAGAAAACACCCAGGAGGAGUUACCUGGACACACAUAAUAUGACUCGUCUUGCAGAAACUCUGGAAUGCUUAUUGAACUUGGAGAAGGAUGUUUGCUGGACCAUCUUGUGGAAUCUUUCCAACCCCCCCAAACACCCACCCCACCCCUCCAGAUGCAAAUACUUUAACUACAUAAAGACAAAUCUUCCAGCAGCUGUGUGUUUUUGUUGUAGCCCACCUUGAAUUCCCUCAUGAUGAACUUGCUGCUGUUGAAGAGAGAACUUUGCAGUAGGUCUAUCUUUUAUCAAUUCUCACUCACCUGUUUUGCAUUUCU